GGCUCAUCGUCAGACUUUUCAACAUACAGUGGCUUUGCCGGAAUGACUUCUCCUACGUUCAGUGCCUUUUCAUCAGGAUUCGACUCGUUUUACCAUGCUUUCCCAGCUGCUGGACAGCAAUUCUUUGAUAGCCAAUCAUCCCCCAAUCAGCCAUUCCUUUUCCCUGGGACUUCCCACGAAGCAAUGCAGUGGAAAUCUCUACAAGAUACCACAAAGGAGCAUGAGACGCUUUCUGCUCAGCUCUCUCGCCUCGAUAGAUACAUGGCCAUUCACAGUUGGGACUUGGAUCCUCAGUCGAAAAAAUCUCUGGUUGAACAACGGAUGAGCUUAGUGCGGGAAUUGGAUGCAGUGCGACUUCAUAAAGAGCAAUUAGAGCUAAUCUUGGCGCAGCUAAGGCCUGGCACUUCGGAUGUCCACAGGGAAGGGCCUGUUGAUAUACAAAUGCUUCCAGCUCAGUAUCUGACCGGGAGCGUUGCAAACAGUCAAAACUAUAUAGCACCACGAACCUUCUUUGCCACUGCUAACCACGCGGCUCCAAAUUUGUCUACAUUCACACUUGCAGACACCCUUCCAUCGAUGCUCUCGACCCAUGAAUCCUUCGAAGGGGGGUCUCCGCGCCAAAGCAAGGAUGAUCGAAAUUCAUCUGGGACAGGCUCAGACUUUGGGCCCAUGCCCACGGAAAUGAAAAUGAAUGUACCUCAUGAAACUGGACCAUGGUAUGGAGAGCAGACAAUGGCCAGAGGGUCCAGUACAUCCAAGCAAAAUGCACAGGUGCAAGCGGUCAACGCAGCUGAUGCUAAGAGCACAGUAGGCAACGGUGAUGGAUGGACAACACCCACAAAAUCAGCACCCCCCGACAUUCGUAGAAUCUACCGCAGAAUUGAAGAAGCCAGUAAGCAGGGUGAUUCUAUGGAGGAGUUGCUCAAGGAGCUUGCUGCGGCUACCACUCGGCUAGUACAGCGCUGCAGGGUAGAGCGCGAUGGAUCGCCCCAUCCACCACUAAGACGGACCGACAGGGCAAGUUUGAAUAGCCAGCUUGAUAACGAUACAAUUCCAAUUCCAGGAGGGUCAAUAGACGUUGGAGUGCAUUCUCAGCCGGCAAGGCUUGCGGCAAGGCGACUCUGGAAAUCUGAGAAUGGACACCUUCAAAGACCUUCAAACAUUCUCGGGGCCACGUCAUUUGGAACCGACGAUGAAGACGACGGGAAAUCAUGUUCGUCCUACGAGUCGACCGUGGACUCGUGGGCUACAAUUGAAGAAGGGGACAAGCGUUGGGUCCAAAGAGAAAUGUUGAAGGGUGAAACCGAUGACGAAGAUGAGAGCUCAUCACAAGAUAGUGCAAUCGAGAGUAUACUAGAAAACACUGAGAUGGUCGCAUCUCAAGCAUCGAACACUCGCGAUACCAUUGACUGGGUCCGUAAAACCAAACCCGGUGGCGAGGGCACAAACAAAGAAUGCGAUAAUUCAUCAUUCGACCACACAAAGGGCACGCAGGCACAUUCAAACUCGGAAGCUGGAAAACCGAUAUGCUCUCAACUGCUCACUCAAUAUUUCAAUAAGGAGCGCGGCAUCGUCUCGCAAAAGUCGGCAGCACUGACAGUCUCGCAUAAUGUCAAUGCACAUGCUUAUCUUCCAUCUUUCGAUGGCGCAUGCGAUUCCCCUUGCUGGAGUGAAGGUAGUCAGGCCUCAGAAUCCCAUCUUGACCAUGGCUUUUCGCAGAAAGAUGUUAGUCAGAACCCAAAUCAGGAAAAUCAGUGGUACAUUCCCAAAAAGCGCAUUAAGCCCAGUCCAGCCGUGCUACGGGAAUUUUUUCGUCGUGUCGAAGAGGAAGAACGAAAUAUGAUUCGACAGUAUCAGAUUAUGGGCUCGAUUCCGCGGUGACUUGGUCUCACUGCGUCCGCUGUGUGUGUUUUGUGGGGAUGAAGCAUAAGAAUUUCCAAUGGAGGGCUGGUUGAUGUAUGGGAUACUUCAGUAAGAGGAUUUGUGAUGUUGGGAAGAGGCUGUUUGUAUUGUUUAACCAAUGCAUGGCAUAUUUGGCAUGUUUUAGGGUCUGCUAUUUGCUAUGAACCAUUCUGGUGCACCCUGUCUGGUUAUUGAUCCGGAAUCAUUUGUGUGAGGAUACCGCGUGGAGUAUGGUGUGUUUGGGUUAGGGACUGAGGUCUCUAGCCGAGUUGGUAGUGUCGUAUUGACUAUCGAUGUGGUUUACUUAUGAUAUUAACCUCCUGUACUUGGUAUCGUGGGGAUUCUUGAUCCUGUUUAGGUUGAUCACGGCUUGACCAAUUUAUGAAUCUUAUCGAUGUUAUUGAUGCUAUCCACUUAUUUGAUCUAUUUCUCCG